UGUGUCUUUAUCACCUGGAGCUAAGUGCGUAUGAUCCUCCGCAGCCUGUGGUUGUAGCCUAUCACAGUCAAGUGUCAGCGCUCUGUGCUGUCCGGGUGGUGACAUGGCAGAGCCCGCAGGGAAGAGGCUGAAGAGCAGCCUGCCUCUGUGCGGAGCGCACCGGAGCUCCGCGGGCAGCAGCCUGGUCAGGCACAACCUGCCCGCCGCUGUGGAGGAGGCUCUGUGCGGCGUGAGCGGCCUGGUGUGGGACGGAGCGUACAAACUGCAGGCUCUGGCCAGUGCGUUUGAGAGGAAUGACAAUGCCCUGCCUCGCGUAGCUUCUUUCUUCCACCAGGAGGCGCUGAAGCAGCAGACUGAUGCUGAGGCUAUGCUGGGCUACCUGGCUGAGAGGGGGGGCAAAUACUGCGGCAAAGACAUCCAGAAGCCGGGCUGUGAGGCGGUCUGUGCUGUGUUACCAGCUCUGGAGCUGCUGCUGCUCCAGCUUAAAGAGGAGGCCGGCGUGCUGGUGGAGCUGAGCCAGCUGGCCCGCGAGCACGGGGACCCGCACACGGCCAGCGUUGUGAAGAGCCACUUCUUGGCACCACGGGUUGACCGUCUCAAACUGUUGGGCGACCUGCUCACCAGUGCCCGUCGGACGGGCUGCACCAAUGACAAAACUAGGGGGUUUGGGGAGUAUAUCCUGAAUGAGCUUCAGGAAGAACUCACCAGAUGAUCGAUCUGCUUCACCUUAAAGGAAGACAUGACCAGUGAACAGUAUAAUACUCCACCCCUCUGAAACUAAAUCUGACAUUUUGUGAGAUUUUUGUCUGCGUUCAGUACAUGGAGGAUAUUACAAUUUAUUAUUAUAUAUCAUAUAUUUAUGUAUUGUUGGCUCUAUCUUGUGAUAACUUGGAUUAACCGUAAGUGGAUAUAAUGUAAAUUUCUCCACACUUUUUCUAUUAAGAGUAUAUAUUUUUCACACUAUCCUUUGAGGAAUUCCAACUACAAAACUGUACACAAGGUUUGUUUUGACUUAUUAUUUCCAAGAACUAUGAAUGUUUCCCAAAUGUACUUAAAUCCAGUUGCAAAGGGAAAAUACAGUUUUCUGCCACUCACAUCUUUGUUUGUGAAUGUGUGCAUUCCAACAGAUAAUUGAUAUUGUUUAUUAUUCAUUCACAGUGUAUUCACUUUUAUCAUAGAUUCUUGUUUUGUGACUUUUGAUUAUUUUGCUUCAGAAGCCCUGAUGUAUUGGAAUAGUUUUUACACUAUUGCUGAUUUGAUUCUCAAUAGUGUCUGACAAUUUAUAAUAAAG